GUGACAUCACAAAGGAACGCCUGGUCUUCUGGAUGGAACCCCGGCGUGUCUUCUCUUCUGUGGGAGCCCCCUCCCCGCUUGCAACCAAGCCAAGGAGGAAUUUGCUGAAGGGUCUACAUUGCCAGAGAGGUGAAAAGGAGCAAACAGCACCAUGGAUUACCUUAUGGUGCCAACCUCGGCUUCCCCGAUGGAGAAACAAGACCAGGACAUCUUGAUUCAUGGAAAGCAGGAGCCUGCAACUACUCCAGGCAUCCCACUGGACUUCAAGCCAGAGCCUUCCAUCAUCAUACCAGCUGCACCAACCACGGAUAAAAUCACCCAUAAGCCUAGCAAGGUCCACAAAAGCCGGCGAGGCUCAAAAAUAUCCUCGAAAAUGAAACACUUAGGAAAGUCUUCCCACCAUCAUCACCAUCGCCGUCACCACCGGCGGAUGACGUUGAAAGAGAUACUGAAUCGCGCCUGGCAAAAGAUCCACCCAUGCCUUGUUUACCUGCGAAAAACCAUCUACAAAUUGACCCAGUCCUUCUUGUUCGACUUCUUCAUCUGUAGCGUGGUAGCCGUCAACACCAUCUUGCUGGUGAUACAGACGUUCGCUGUGGUCGAGAUUCGGGGAGAAUGGUUAUUUUCUGCCCUGGACCCGGUUUUCCUCUGUGUCUACGUGGUGGAGGCCAUCCUCAAAUUAAUUGCUUUAGACUUUAACUAUUUCCGUGACCCCUGGAAUGACAUUGAUUUUUUCAUCAUGUUCAUGACAGUCAUAGAAUUCAUCCUUGCACUGUACUUCACCGCCGGCCAGGGAAACCGAGGCAACACACUCACGCUCUUUCGGGUCCUCAAGAUCGUCAAGGGGAUUCGGGCCAUCCGAGCCAUCCGCUUUCUCCUCACCCUCCGGGUGACAGAGAAUCUGCAAGAAAUCACAGGCACUUUUAUACUUUCCUUCCAGUCCAUUGGAGCUAUUAUUCUUCUCAUGUUCUCUUUCUUAUUCAUGUCUUCUGUGGUGCUGUGUGACAUGUUCCAUGAAGCGGAUCAGAAACAUUUUGGGGACCUUUUCAAAACCAUCUUCACCCUUUUUCAGCUUUUCACUUUGGAUGACUGGUCGAUUAUUUAUCUCACGUGCCACGCUGCAGGUGCUUGGUACAUUAUUAUUUUUCUCAUCAUCUAUAUCCUUGUGGAGUAUUUUUUGCUUCUCAACCUGGUGAUUGCAGUCCUGGUGGACAACUUCCAGAUGUCCCUCCUCAAACGUCAAGAGAAGAAGAAACUGAAGCAAAAAACAAUCCUGUUGAAGGACAGCACCGCGGAAGAUAAUCCAGUCAAGCAAGCAGAGAAGACCAAGUUGAAAGAACUGGAAGAAGAAAACCUAUUUAGGAAGACGGUGAUGGAAAAAUAUGGUAGCCUUGUGCUGUCUGACAAAGAAUGGCAGCUUCUAUACAAUUACUUCCAGAUAAUGACAUCUAUUGAGAACAGUCAACAGCAGUUCCAGUCACAAGCUUCUACCACUGACAAGAUCUUGGACACGUUUUUCGAGACAUCUGAAGAAGACUACUUUCCUAAAUGAAACAGAGAAAUCCACGAUUCACUAGCAGGAUAUUUUUUUUUUUAAUGCUACCAGCAACUGCUGCAACUAAAAAGUUGGCAUAUCGGCUUAUUUUGAAGUCCUGAUGUUUUAUGAUACAACACACUGUGUUAACGAAAUCAGGUUGUGAUUCUUAGUAUAUAGCAGUUUAAACCUAAUUGCCUUGCCGGGUGUGGAUAAGAUAGCAGCUCCUGAGAUUUGUUUCAAAGAUUACAGCUUCUUUGGUUCAGAACGUCAGGCCACAAAACUCUAUUUUAAUAUUUUCUAUAUUGCUGCCAGUAAGCAAUUAUUCCACCUUCAGAGAAAUAUCUUUGCGUCAAUUUCAAAUUUUAAAAUUUAAAAACAAUCUUAAAAGCAAAAGGUUUUAAAUCAAGCAAGCUUGGACUGAAUCUAAACUUUUUUUGCAUGCAAAUUGUAGAUGUGUAACUGAUUUACGGAACCCCUUCAGAGGUGAAAAUAAU